CCCUCCCUCCCUAUCCCCCCCGAACCCCCCUGGUUUUGGCGGCGUCCCUUUUUUGGGGCGAAGUGAGGCAGCGCAGUGACUCAUGCCUGCGUCGCAAGAGCUCAGCCGACGACUCACGCUUCCCCAAAGCAAAGCCCAAGGACUGGGGGCCAGAAAGAGAGUGAGAGAGAGAGGUCACCUCGAAUUAAACUCCAGGGCUCCAUUGAGAUUCCGACGUCGUUUGUGGCGGGGUUUAUAAGCGCCAAGUCUUCUUUCCCAAAGUGGAAUUUCUCCCUCUGCUUCUUCUGCUGCUGCUGCUGCCGCCUUUGGACUCCCGGAGUUGACUCUCCCGCUGCCUGCCUUCUUUCCUCGACCGCCUUGGCUUCGGGGGGCUGAGAGAGAGAGAGAGAGAGAGAGACCCUGAAGGAAGAGAAGCUGGGACCCAAAGGCUCGGACUCGGACCCUGAUGGCAGCCUCGGACCCGUCCGCCUCCAACAUGGCCCAGGACCCCAACCCCACCAAUCUGCGACCCACAACCUAUGACACCUGGUGUGGGGUGGCCCAUGGCUGCAGGAAGAAAAUCGGCCUCAAGAUAUGCGGCUUCCUGCAGCGGAACAACAGCCUGGAGGAGAAGGGCCGGCUGGGGGGCGCCUCCCUGAAGGAGCGCCAGCAGAGCCCCAAGAGCCUGAGGGUGGCCUGCGAGAACAGCGCCCGACAGCAGGAGACCCAGGAGCAGCAGGACCGGGAGGGGGGCCGCUUCCGACGCGCCGAGACCGACUUCUCCAACCUCUACGCCCGCGAUUUGCUUCCAGCCAAGAAUGGGGAGGAACAGACGGUGCAGUUCCUUCUGGAGGUGGUGGACAUUCUCCUGAACUAUGUGCGGAAGACCUUUGACAGGUCCACAAAGGUGCUGGACUUCCAUCACCCGCAUCAGCUGCUGGAAGGCAUGGAAGGCUUCAACCUCGAGCUUUCUGACAACCCAGAGUCGCUUGAGCAGAUCUUGGUGGACUGCAGGGACACACUGAAAUAUGGAGUCAGGACAGGUCAUCCUCGCUUUUUCAACCAGCUUUCUACAGGGCUUGACAUCAUUGGCUUGGCUGGGGAAUGGCUGACUUCUACUGCUAAUACGAAUAUGUUUACAUAUGAAAUUGCACCUGUUUUUGUCCUCAUGGAGCAGAUAACACUUCGAAAAAUGAGGGAAAUUAUUGGAUGGGUAAAUAAAGAUGGAGAUGGAAUCUUCUCUCCUGGAGGUGCUAUAUCCAAUAUGUAUAGCAUCAUGGCGGCCCGCUACAAAUAUUUCCCAGAAGUCAAAACCAAAGGCAUGGCUGCAGUGCCUAAACUGGUCCUCUUUACCUCAGAACAUAGCCAUUACUCGAUAAAGAAAGCUGGAGCCACACUUGGUUUUGGAACUGAAAAUGUGAUUUUGAUAAAGUGUAAUGAAAGAGGCAAAAUAAUACCAGCUGAUUUGGAAGCCAAAAUUCUGGAAGCCAAGCAGAAGGGAUAUAUUCCUCUUUAUGUGAAUGCAACUGCAGGCACAACUGUUUUUGGGGCUUUUGAUCCCAUUCAGGAGAUAGCAGACAUCUGUGAAAAAUACAACCUUUGGCUCCAUGUUGAUGCUGCCUGGGGAGGUGGACUGUUAAUGUCUAGGAAGCAUCGUCAUAAGCUGAAUGGAAUAGAAAGAGCCAACUCUGUCACAUGGAAUCCACACAAGAUGAUGGGAGUUUUGUUACAAUGUUCUGCCAUUCUUCUUCGGGAAAAGGGUAUACUUCAAGGCUGCAACCAGAUGUGUGCAGGAUAUCUGUUCCAACAGGACAAGCAAUAUGAUAUAACCUAUGAUACUGGAGAUAAAGCAAUACAAUGUGGCCGGCACGUGGACAUAUUCAAAUUCUGGUUGAUGUGGAAAGCCAAGGGUACAGUGGGAUUCGAAAGUCAAAUCAACAAGUGUCUUGAAUUAGCAGAAUACCUGUAUAAUAAAAUUAAAAACAGAGAGGAGUUUGAGAUGGUUUUCAAAGGAGAGCCUGAACAUACAAAUGUUUGCUUCUGGUACAUUCCACCAAGUCUCAGAGGGAUUCCAGACUCUGACGAAAGAAGAGAGAAGCUACACAGGGUGGCACCCAAAAUCAAGGCCCUGAUGAUGGAAACAGGUACCACGAUGGUUGGAUAUCAGCCUCAGGGAGAUAAAGUCAACUUCUUCCGAAUGGUUGUUUCAAACCCAGCAGCUACCAAGUCUGACAUUGACUUCCUAAUUGAGGAAAUAGAAAGACUGGGGCAAGAUCUGUAAUCUACUUGAAUUUUACUUAUCCAGAGCUCUUUUUUCCAGUACAUGUACUGGCUUUUCAAAAAAAACCCAAAAGAAUCAGUUCUGUAGCAAACAUUUUAAGGUAGCCCCUUUCUAAACAUUUAAUUCAUUCAGAACACAGUCUUUUAAAACAAUGAUAAAAUAACUCUUUUAGAUUAAUGAAACAUAUAUGCAUAUUAGUAGGUUAUUUUACCAGUGGGAGGGGAGGGGGACGGGAUGUAUUAUCUUUAAAUGUAUCCUUGACCCUAUUUAAACCCAGUAAUUAUAGAUAGCAGGAAGCUAACUGUAUUAAGAUAGCCAGUUAAGAAUGUACAUGAUAUAAAUAAAAUUGUGAUAAAUCCUAAAAGUAGUUCACACUAUAUUCCCCAGUGCAGAGGUAUUAUCAGUCAAGGACUGCUCUUGUAAAGCCUGAUUUAUGUCAAUUUGUUAAAAUAUUUAUAUCUCUCCCUAACUCAUGGGGUCUCAGGGCGACCUACCAGUGAAAUCAUAGGGAUUGACUAGAGCAUUGCUUGGAAGAUUAUAUCCCAGCAGGCACAUUCUAGGGCCAUUACUUGGCCAUUUGUCCCAUUCAUUUCAGUAGAGCACAUCCACAAGUAAUGCUAGACACUCUUCAUUGGUCUGUGCCAAAAUUGCUGCUAAUUUUAAUGGGUACAGGUAAGCCAAAGUUAAGCAUUUCUUUUAAAGGAGAAAAAUAAUGGAGCUUUAAAAAGAACUUAACUUUGAGGCAAUUAUGUCCCUCUUGUUUGGAUUGUGCCCACAUUUAGGGUUGAUGUGUAAAGAAGCUAAUGUUUCAGUCAACAUGUAAAUCAUGCAGUGACAUAGCAUCCAAGGUAAAAUUAGGUCAGGGAACUUUGUAAAAGAUAUAGAGUCUUAGGAAUGAAGGAAAAUGUUUAAACUUAUUUAAACUUUAUUGUUGGUACUUCUCUGAUGCACAAAAGUAUAAGGGGAACAUUCAAAGGAGAACCACCUAGUAGCUGUAUGUAUGCCUCCUUUAGUUGUCACAUCAGGGGGAUAGUUGUAGGCUUGUAGCUGAGUUGUUGUAAUAGGCUAUAUUAUUGUUGUAUUUUUUAGAAUUCGAUUUGUGUAGAUUGUGUACAUUAUUGUUAAAUGGGGCUGGGGGGGGGGAGGAAUUAAAUGUAAUAGUUUUCCAGCAAGAUAACUGUUCAUUUCUCAAUAUAUGAACUGUUUGCUUCUUUAUAUGCAAAGAUUUACCAUGCUAAAGAGUUGUCUUGUAUUUUCUUCCAUUUGUAAUGUAUCCUAUUUAUAUAAUUAUUGAAGUUCUAAAUAAUGUUUAUUGGUAUUUUAGUGUAUUUGUGAGCCAAAGAGAAGAUUAAAAGUUAGUUGACACAUUUAUACAAUAGUGCCCUUAAAAUAAUAAUUUAACAGAUAAUUUUACUGUCUAUAAGGAACCCUAUCACUGUAUAUAGAUUUUAGCCUAAUGAAAUCCUUUCAUUUUAAUAGUAAUAUCACCUUUAUUAAUUGUACUGUAGUCUGGCUGUACGUUCAGUGUUCUGGAUGCUUUUUUAGUGAAUCAUAGAUGUUUAAAUCAGGCCCCUAUGUCCCCAUGGUUGUUCAGGGCCAAAUUCUGUACUUAGUUUAGCUAAUUUUUUUGGCAAGGAUAUGCAAAGAGUUCUGUGAAAGAGUUCCUUCCCAGUUCUGUCUCCUGAAUGUCUGACUGAAGGGCAAUUCACAGUGUCAUUCGCUGUUUGCAAGACAAGAGAAGGAAAAGCUCCCCACAGAACAUGUUGAAUAUAGCUGCCUUGCUGCAAUAAUUUCGCAUUGUAUAGUUAUCAGAUUUUAUUAGUUAGGCCGUCAAUAUUACGAGUCCUCAAUCGCACUACUAGAGGGGAAGGAAAGUCACAGGACUGUCGACAGAAUUUCUCAGAUCAAGCGACAUCUGCUGAUUUAAAAGCCUUCCCAAAUAUGCUGCUAUGGCUAUUAGCUUCAAUUGAUGCCUCAUAUUUCCAAUGAAUAAUAAACUUUGGAGACUGCAGCCCUGCGCAAAGUUACUCCCACAUCAAUCCUGUUGAAAUGAAUGGAACUUAUGUAAAUCAACGGGAAUUGCACACAGAUAACUUUGUGCAGGAUUUAAGGCCUGGGUUUUGACAAAACAAUGUUUUAUUGAAAAACAUUAGCAAUAUUUUAAUGAAUGUUUGUUGGGAUUUGUGUACUUUUUACCUUUUUUGGUUCCAGGGAUUUUCCAAGUGUGGAAUGAAUAUCAUUUUAAAUUCCACAUUAUUUUAGAGAGAUUUGAUGCUGUUGUCAUCUUUAUCAUCUCCUUUAUGGUCCCUCAUAGGCUUGGCUAGCUCUUCUGCAUUCAGGUGCUCAGCACUUUUGGAUUGUGUUGUGUCUUGACUCUCUUAAAUGUCCAUAUGGUAUUUUGAUGCUGUACGGAUGGAACAAUUGAGAAGUCAUUCAGAAGAGUCUAACAUCUGUUUUCUUUAAUUAAUCUCUAAAUAUAGAAGAGGUUUGUCUAAAUAAAAAAAUUAAGCCACAUCUGUAUUUUCUAUAGGCAUAGUGUAACAAGAGCCCUUUUCCCCUUUGCCUAGUUAAGAAUUUUUCUUCUUCAUCACUUUAUGGUCCCUUUUCAAAGCAUUCCUAACUGUUUCCUUCUCCUGCCUCCAGACAACUUCUUCUAGUAAAAAAUCCCCUCCACUUCAUAAACACACACCCAUUAAUCUUUUCAAAGCAGUGGAGUAUAGCCCAUUGGUCUCUUCUUCCUGGUCUCUUUUUUUCAUUCUGACAUACAAGAAAUGAUCUAUAAGUUAUGUCACCCAGAGCUUUGGUGCUCAUAAAAUUACUUUUUCCUCCUGUCCCUGUGCUGUAGAAAUCUUACUGUUUCUGCUUCAGAACAAUUAUUUUAUUUUAUGCUACUUAUAAUAGAUGGUAACUGGCAAGGUCCGUUUUUUAUAGCUACAAUCUACCCCAAUAAAGUUGUCCUGAAUUGUUGGUAGUUUAAAGGGGUCUUGAUUUUUAGCUACAAGUGAGCCAAACUUAAGUCAAAUGUUAAUAAACCUUUUUGUUAGAUUUGCUGGUCUUAUAUGACACUUGAAACUUUUUCUGUAAAUCUCAGUGGUAUCAAGCCUGAUACCAAUAACCACAGGAUCCAUGUUGCUGGUUUCCCUUUCAUACAUCUUCAUUGAAUUAUGAGAAAAUCAUACUGUGAUGUUUAAUUUCUACAAGCUUGUAGAGAAACACUUUCAUGUAAGUCAGAUGACUGGUAAAUAUUGCCAAAUUUUUGAUUGCUUUUUAAUAUUCCAAAAAUGCCAUCCUGCAGAUGUCAGUGUCACUUUCUAAUUUCAUUACGGGAUCAUUUUAAAAUUUUGUUUUAGCAAAGACAUAAAUAAGAGUGAAGACUGCUUGCUCCUGAACCUGCAAGCCUGGCAGUGUAGCAAAAGUCCUCCAAUUGGCUACUCCUUGUCAUACUAUAGGAAUCUCCAGACAGUAACAUGAGGGAACCAUUAAUGGCAAAGGCCACUGCUUAAUGGGUAGGGUGUUGGAUUGAAGACUAGGAGACACAGGUUCAAAUCUUCACUCUGCUAUGAAGCUCAUUGGGUGAUGUUGGAUCAGUCACACACUCUCAGCCUAACCUACCUCACAGGGUUGUUGUGAGGCAAAAACAGAGGUGGGGGGACUAUGUAUGCUACCCUGAGGUCCUUAGGGAAUGGGUGGAAUAAAAAUGUAAUAAAAUA